ACUAGGCUGCAACUUACCCUUCUAUGCCUUUGUAAAGCCACUUCUGUUGAGAGAAGAGCUAGUUCCGAUGAUCACCGACAAGAAGGCGGCGAAUACCGUGGGAGGCAAGACGGCUCGACCAUGCGACGGUUGCUUGCAGAAGCGUGCACGUUGGUAUUGUGCUGCCGAUGAUGCGUUUCUCUGCCAGGGUUGCGACACUUCGGUCCACUCUGCUAAUCUGUUGGCCAGCAGACAUGAAAGGGUUCGGCUUGAAACUGCAUCUUCUCGUGGUACUAUUAAUCGAGAUGUUGCGCCGGCGUGGCACCGAGGUUUCGCUCGGAAGUCGAGGACACCGAGGCAAAACAAGGCCACGUCGGGGCAACAAAAGGGUGAUGAGGGGAAGGUGUUGGUUUGGAAUCCUAUUGAUCCUCUUGUUCCUGAGGUUGGUAGCGAAGAAGGUUCGGUCGAGGAGAACGACGAGCAGCUGCUUUGUCGAGUGCCGGUGUUCGAUUCCUUUUCCGGAGAAUUAUGUAACAUGGUACCAAGUGAUUGUGACGAAGUUGGUAUGCUGAAUGGAGACGGAGAUUUGGUUGUGGAAGGUCAUGAACAUGACAGAACAUGCGAGUUGGAUGAUGGUUUGCAUAGUUUUUUAGCAUCCGAUUUGGAUCUCGCCGAGUUCGCCGCCGAUGUCGAGAGGUUGCUCGGAGUUGGACCCGAUGAGGAUUCUAGUGACAUCAAAAUAAUGAAAGUCAAGGAAGAAGGUACAACACCUUGCUUCAUUGAAUCUGCUUUUGAAGUUGGAAGAGCAUCCUUAAACUCGAAUUUCGACUACGAAGACGAACCGAAGGCGAUUCCGGCAACGGAGAGUAUGACAACGAAUCGUGCGAGUGAGGCCGAUACAUCGAAGAGGAAUAAGUUGCUGAGACUGAACUAUGAGUCAGUGAUCAAUGCUUGGACCAUCCAACGCUCUCCUUGGACGACCGGAACCCGACCCGAACUCAACCCGGAUGACUUCAUGCUGAAUGGAGAUAUAGGAGGAACAUACAGGCCGGCAAGAGGAAACAACACCGACGGUGAACGCGAAGCGAAGGUGUCGAGGUACCGAGAGAAGCGAAGAACGAGACUGUUUUCGAAGAAGAUACGGUACGAAGUUCGGAAGCUAAAUGCGGAGAAAAGGCCUAGAAUGAAAGGCAGGUUUGUCAAGAGGACAUGCUUUUGUGGGACUGGGGACUGAUUUUCCUUGAAGAAACUAAGGGUACAUAAUAGGGUAGUUGCUUAGCCAAUACCCUACACUAUAUUGGCUAAGGCUUGUUGUUAUUAAUAAAUGGACUAAUUUGGGUAGUUCAAGUGUUCAACUGUUGAACUACUAGACCUAUAAACUCUCUGGAUUCAACUG